GAACGUACAUUACUUUGGACAACUUGAAGGAAUUUGAAACAUAUCUCAUGAACAACAUAUAACACUUUCAGUGUUGUUAAAAUUACUCUGAAUGUGCUUGAAAUUAUGACUGUUUGUUUAAUGCUACCAGUUCGACCUUGAGAACGAGAGUGUUUGUAUUUUUAAUUUAGGUCAUUAGAUAUGAAUGUGCUACGAAAAAUCUAUCGCAAGGUUACUUGCAAAAAGGAACCUGAAAAAGAUAAAUUAAAAGAUGGUUUGGAUGAUCUUAAACAAGAAUUGGAUAUGGAUGAACACAAAAUUCCGCUUGAAGAGUUGUAUGCCCGACUUAACACUGACCCUGAAAAUGGAUUGAAAUCUGAAGAAGUUAGAAUUCGAUUAGAACGUGAUGGACCUAACGCCUUGACACCACCAAAAACAACACCAGAAUGGGUGAAAUUUUGUAAGACGCUGUUUGGUGGAUUUUCAAUGCUACUUUGGAUUGGUGCCAUUCUCUGCUUUAUUGCAUACGGUAUUCAGAGAAGUUCUGAAGAUGAAGAUGUAAAGGAUAAUUUAUAUCUUGGUAUUGUUUUACUUGCUGUCGUUGUUAUUACUGGAUGUUUUUCAUAUUAUCAAGAAUCAAAAUCAUCACGUAUUAUGGAUUCAUUUAAAAAUUUAGUUCCACAAACUGCACUUGUCAUACGAGAUGGUUUAAAAACUGAAGUACCAGCAGAAAGUAUAGUUAUUGGUGAUAUCGUUGAAGUGAAAUUUGGUGAUCGUAUACCAGCUGAUAUAAGAAUUAUCACAGCUAGUUCAUUUAAAGUAGAUAAUUCAGCAUUGACUGGUGAAUCCGAGCCUCAAUCACGUUCAACAGAAUUUUCUAAUGAAAAUCCAUUAGAAACAAAAAAUUUAGCCUUUUUCUCAACUAACGCUGUUGAUGGUACAUGCCGUGGUAUUGUAAUCAGUACAGGUGAUCGUACUGUUAUGGGUCGUAUUGCAAAUUUAGCUUCUGGUUUAGAACUUGGUGAAACUCCAAUACAUAAAGAAAUCAAUCAUUUUAUUCAUCUAAUUACAGCUGUUGCAAUGGUUCUUGGUGUAACAUUCUUUAUUAUUGCCUUUAUUUUGGGUUAUCGUUGGCUUGAAGCUGUGAUCUUCUUAAUUGGUAUCAUUGUAGCUAAUGUUCCAGAAGGUCUUUUAGCUACUGUUACAGUAUGUUUAACAUUAACCGCUAAACGUAUGGCUAGUAAAAAUUGUUUAGUAAAAAAUUUAGAAGCUGUUGAAACACUUGGAUCAACAAGUACCAUUUGCUCGGAUAAAACUGGUACAUUAACACAAAAUCGUAUGACUGUAGCUCAUAUGUGGUUUGAUAAUAAAAUAUUUGAAGCGGAUACAUCAGAGAAUCAAACAGGUGCACGUUUCAAUAAAAGUUCACCAACAUGGACAGCAUUAGCACGUAUUGCCAUGUUAUGUAAUCGUGCUGAAUUUAAAACUGGUGAAGAAAGUAAACCAGUAUUAAAACGUGAAUGUAAUGGUGAUGCAUCAGAGACAGCUAUAUUAAAAUGUACUGAAUUAUAUGUUGGUAAAGUUAUUGAAUAUAGAGCUAAAAAUCGUAAAAUUUUGGAAAUUCCAUUUAAUUCUACAAAUAAAUAUCAAUUGUCCAUUCAUGAAACUGACGACAAUGAUGAACGUUACUUGUUAGUUAUGAAAGGUGCACCGGAACGUAUUAUUGACCGUUGCAGUACCAUUUUACUUAAUGGUAAAGAAAAUAGUCUAGAUGAUGAAAUGCGUGAACAAUUCAAUAAAUCUUAUAUGGAAUUAGGUGGAAUGGGUGAACGAGUACUUGGAUUCUGUGAUUAUCGUUUACCAGCUGAAACUUAUCCAAAGAAUUUUAAAUUCAAUGAAGAAGAACCCAAUUUUCCAGUUAGUGGAUUACGUUUUGUUGGUCUAAUGUCUAUGAUCGAUCCACCUCGUGCAGCAGUACCAGAUGCAGUUGCAAAAUGUCGAUCCGCUGGGAUUAAAGUGAUCAUGGUUACUGGUGAUCAUCCAAUCACAGCAAAAGCUAUUGCUAAAGGUGUGGGAAUAAUUUCGGAAGGUUCAAAAACUGUCGAAGAUAUUGCAGCUGAAAAAGGCAUACCUGUUGAAGAAGUAAAUCCACGUGAAGCAGUUGCUUGUGUAGUACAUGGUUCUGAUUUACGUGAAAUGACCCCAGCACAAAUUGAUGAUAUAUUAGUUAAUCAUCCAGAAAUUGUAUUUGCACGUACUAGUCCACAACAAAAGCUAAUCAUAGUGGAAGGUUGUCAACGUCAAGGCGCAAUUGUUGCUGUAACUGGUGAUGGUGUUAAUGAUAGUCCAGCUUUAAAACAAGCUGAUAUUGGUGUUGCUAUGGGUAUAGCCGGUAGUGAUGUGAGUAAACAAGCAGCUGAUAUGAUUUUAUUAGAUGAUAAUUUUGCUUCAAUUGUUACAGGAGUUGAAGAAGGUCGUCUUAUAUUUGAUAAUUUAAAAAAAUCAAUUGCUUAUACAUUAACAUCGAAUAUUCCAGAGAUAACACCAUUUCUAGUAUAUAUUGGAUUUGGUCUACCAUUACCAUUAGGUACAAUUACAAUACUUUGUAUUGAUUUAGGUACUGAUAUGAUUCCAGCAAUUUCAUUAGCUUAUGAAGAAGCUGAAUCUGAUAUUAUGAAACGUAUGCCACGUGAUCCAUUACAUGAUCGUUUAGUAAAUGAACGUUUAAUUGCUAUGGCAUAUGGUCAAAUUGGUAUGAUACAAGCACUUGGUGGUUUUUUUGUUUAUUUUGUUAUUAUGGCUGAAAAUGGUUUUUGGCCAAGAAGAUUACUUGGUAUACGUAAAGAAUGGGAUUCUCGAGCUGUGGAUGCAUUAAGUGAUUCAUAUGGUCAAGAAUGGACUUAUAAACAACGUAAACGUUUAGAGUCCACAUGUCAAACUGCCUUUUUUGCCUCUAUUGUAAUUGUACAAUGGGCUGAUUUAAUUAUUUGUAAAACACGUCGUAAUUCAGUAAUUCAACAAGGAAUGUGGAAUAAAUAUUUAAAUUUUGCUUUAUUCUUUGAAACUGCAUUGGCUAUCUUCUUAUCAUAUUGUCCUGGUUUAGAUAAAGGUCUACGUAUGAUGCCCUUAAGAUAUACAUGGUGGCUUCCAGCAUUACCAUUUUCUAUACUUAUAUUUGUUUAUGAUGAAACAAGAAAAUAUUUAAUUCGACGAUUUCCUGGUUCAUGGAUAGAAAAAGAAACUUAUUAUUAGGGAUGCUGUUGACAAUAAUACUACUAAUACUACUCAUAAUAAUUUGAUACCUUUAUUCAUUAUUAAUAUAUACUUGUUACCAAUGUAAUGUAAACAAUUAGAUUCUCUAUUAUUUUAUAUAUAAACAUUAACCAGUAUGAUAGUUUAUGAUGCCUCAAUCUUUUUUUUUUCACUCUUUCAUCAUUCCUCUUUCCUUGAUGAAGUUAUUCUUUGUAUCUGUGGUUCUUGUUUUGAUUUCUUCUUCUUCUACCCACCUAAGUCUCCUCUCCCUCUUUCUCUCGUUUUCCUUUCUCUUUAUUCAUUGAAAUUAUAAUAGUGAAUGUAUGUAUGUAUGUAAGUAUCCAUUUAAAUGUUAAGAAUAAUUGUAUAUGAAAUAAUAGAAUAUUCAUAGUAUGAAAGUCUUCUUUACAACCGAUUAUAAUGAAUGAAUGUUACUCAUGAGUAGUAUCUAAUUGUUAUUAUUACUUUUUUCUUAUUGUUCAGUUCAUUUCAAUUCGGAUUGUUUUCUCUUUUUUUUGUUUGUUUGUUUUGUUUGUUUCUCCCCCCCCCUCAUAUAUUUCAAAAGCAAAUUGUACUUUAUAUAGAUGAUAUACAAAAUAAAUAGAUAUUUCUGUACUUGAA